GGCCUCAAACUUUGGACGGCAACCGGACGUUUGAGAACUGGCCACAGACCGCCACCACAGCAGGCACUGCCCAAAUGCUACGUUCCGCUGCCUCCGGAGCACCUCUGGGAGCGACCGCCGAUGACACGCUCGGAGGUCACAGAGCGGCGCAUUAUCGAAGCAGCCAGAUGCCCGCAGAGCAGAAACUGGAUGGAGGAGCUUGCCCUGGAGUCUGCCGAGUUCCACGAGGCUCGACGCCCCCUGAUGACUUCGGCCAGGGUGCGUGGGAGAGGGGCACAGACCUCGAGGUCGGCGAGUAGCGUCACCGUGACCUCCGCGGCAGACACGGACACCUCCAGCUCCGUGGGACGCCCAGGGCGUCCGCGGCUGGCUCGAAAGGUGAGCUUCAAUCUUCCACAAGUUCCGAAGACCCACCGCUAG